GGCUUUCUUCAGGGCCGCAGCAGACGUACAGAGAGUGAGGAAGAGGAGCAGUGGGCCAGUGCUGGCUACAGCCCACAGGACUGACCAUUAUCCUGGUCCUGAACUGGGUCCGGAGCUCAGGGACUUUGUGGUCUGGUUCUUCCAGAGAGAAUAGAGGCAUGGAGCAGCUGGGGAGGGUCCUGACCUGCCUGGGACUGCUCCUCCUCUGCUCUCUGGCCUCCGCUCAAAAGCUCUCGCCCACAGGGAAGAAUGUCUGCCUCAGCCCCAGGGACUCUUCUCUUGUGUGUUGUUCUGGAUGGGCCCAGCAGGGUGAAGAGUGCACUAUACCACUCUGUGAGGGUGAGAGAUCCUGCACACAGGACGAGGUGUGUGCAUUUCCAGGAGUAUGCAGAUGCAAACCUGGCUUCUUUGGGUUCCAGUGUAAGACUCGCUGUCCACCGGAGUUCUGGGGCUCUGACUGUCGCGAGCUCUGUCUGUGCCACCCUCACGGACACUGUGAUGCUGCUACGGGCAAGUGCACCUGCCUACCCACCCGCUGGGGCAACCUGUGCCAGAACAAUUGUAAAUGCAGUCGCCACGGGCGCUGUGAUCCAGUAUAUGGAAACUGUACCUGUGAAGAGGGCUGGUGGACGUCCACCUGCAGUAAGCCCUGCCAGUGCCACCAGGGCACAUCCACCUGCGACCAGACCACGGGGCGCUGCCUCUGUAAAGUAGGCUACUAUGGGCUAAAGUGCAGUCUACCCUGCAACUGCUACCUCUCGCCCUGCCUGCAGCAAUCAGGGGACUGCCAGUGUGUGAAGGGCUGGUGGGGAAGGAACUGUGACCGCCACUGCAUCUGUGACCUCAGCCACGGAGACUGUGAACAGUACUCAGGAGAGUGUCAGUGUGAGGCAGGCUACACGCGGCCCUUUUGUCACGAGACCUGCAGUGCAGGCUUCUAUGGGAGAGGCUGUACAGAGAGCUGUGGAAAAUGUGAGGGUGGUAAACCAUGUUCGAAGCUGGAUGGCGCUUGUGAUGGCUGCGCCCCAGGAUGGAACGGCACACUCUGCGACCAGCCCUGCCCUCCGGGAUACUAUGGCAAGCUCUGCCAGAAUGUGUGCCCUCGCUGCAGGAGGGGAGAGCCAUGCCACAUCGUAACAGGAGAGUGCUCACACUGUGACCCAGGCUGGACUGGACCAAGGUGUAGCCAGCCAUGCCCUGAGGGUACCUUUGGGGACAGUUGUCGCUUCCUCUGCAGUCCCUGCUAUCACGGCCGCUGUGACCACGUGACAGGAAAUUGUGUCUGCCACUCUGGCUUUCAGGGUGUGAGGUGCAACAGCAUCGAGAGGACGAAUGCAGCAGUGAUGAAGAAAAGGGACCUUUAUUUGAGAGGAGAGCAAACGAGGACGUUGAAACAGAUUGCACUGACAGCAAACCUGCAGAAUCACGCAUCCGAAACCUCUUCGGCUUCCUGACCCGCUCGGGCAGUGGCAGGAGCCCCGGCCAUCAGACGUCCAGUUCCACGUGGGAGAUCAUCAACCCAGACGAAGAGGAGCCUGAGCUGGAGACGUAAUCCAGAGACCCACCCUGAGAGCUAUAUACAAUCAUAUAUACACCCUGCCUGAGAACUUGAACACUGCACGAUGGUGUACAGCUUGGAUGCUGUAUGCUCUGCACACCAUUUAGAGUUUGAUGUACAGAUAUUGAAGGGAACAGAGACACUAGAUGACAUUUAUAUUGAUAUACCAUCUGAAAACAUUUUAAUUAGUUCACAGUAUCAACAGAAAGCACUAGAAAAGUAAUGAGAGCAAUUAUUUUAUGUAAAAAGAAAUCUAUAUUGGGAACCGAUACCAAAUCUCUAUAUUGUUUUAUAUGAAAAGAGGAAAUUGUUAUUUUUUGUAGAGAGUGUAUUUUAAUAUGAAUUUUAACCAAAGAUGCCAGUAUGUAUUAAAACACAAUUAAGCCAAACCAGUACCUUUUUCUGCCACUAGGGGCCAUUAGAACGUUUUGUAAUUCAUUUUAAGUACAUUCUUAGGAUUCAUUCUUAGGAUUUCUUUCUCCUGAAAUGGAGUUGGGUUUUGUUCAGCGUAUCUUUAUGUGAGAUUAUAUUUAAAGUGUUUUUUUUUUUUAAGAUUUUGAAACAGUUCUUCAUUUAUUAUAAAAAUAUAUAAUAACUUUUAAUCCUUUAUAUAUGGGCAUAACAUACCAGUUGUGUUGUCUGUAAACCAGCCUUUAGGACACUAGCUGUUCCUUUAAAUGCAGUAGAGUUUGGUUUGUCCAAACAUUAUAUAUGAAUUGUAUGGUAAAUAGCAAUAAUGUACCUCAGUGUUUUGUCCCAGAAUCCUGAAUGACAUGCAGUCAACUGUAGAAAACAUGGACACUGUGGCACCAUUCCAUUCUGUUCUGAAGAAAUUAAGUAAAAAGUGUCCAUCCUGCUGUCAAAUUUGCAACUAGAGUCUGUGUAAAAGAAACCAGGUAGGCAGAGCUAGGCUCACCCACUUAUUUGAUAGACCCAACCUAUUCUUCCUGCAUUGAGCUUAUAGCACAGUCUAAAGGAGCAGAAGCAAUGCAGACUUUUCCUCUUUAUUCCCAGUUUGUUUAACCUUUUUUUUGUCCUGAUCAGAAAAAAAUGUGUGUGAUUAGACAAGAACAAAUAUUAAUGACAAUAUUACACAGCUACUCAAAGUAGUCAAGACAUGAUCAUUACUUUAUUACAACUUAUUUUACUUACUUUAUUACAAUAUAUGGAUAUGGCCUCAGCCAUUUUUCCUGACCAUAAUUUUGUGUUGUAUGUACUUAACAAAGGGAUUGCAUUAAUGUGAAUGAGCAGUUUUUGGAAUUAUUUAAAACUGUGAUUUUUUUUUUGUUUAUUAUUAAUUUUUCAUUAUUAUUUUUUAUUCCACCAUUCUCAUAUUCUUAUCUCUUAGUCAGAAAAUGCAUACAGUAAUGAAGAAAAAUGUGCUGCAGAUGUAUUUGUUCAUUUAAUUUUGUUUUAAUUUAAUUUUGUCUUUCAGCUAAAGCAGUCAGCCACUUAAUUCCUAAGUGUAACCCUGCCUUCUUACGAUAUAGUCUGAAUAACGUUAAAAAAAAUGAUUUAAUGCGCCAAUAGUAGCACAGAGAAUAUACUGCAACCUGCCAGCAGAUGAGCAAAUGUUCUUUGGUCUUCUGUCCAUGUUUUCUACAGUCACUGACCUAAACAUUGUGAGAAACUUGUUUGGGUUUUGUUGAAAAGCCAAAGAUUUCUUAGAAGCAUUCUAAGUAUUCUAAUAAUUAAUGAGUUUAUCUGGAAAUGUUUAUAAUAUGACCUCAGUGUUUGUGUGUAUAGCAUGGGUUGUGCUGCUGUCCCUUUGUGUCUUUCUGUUUGUCUUUAGGUGUUCACUCAGAGGAAGCCUCUGUUUCCUUUAGGGGAAACCAGAGAUCAUGUGAGCGCUUCCAGACUUGAGUGGACUGGUGGCCUGAAAUGAAGACACUUUGGGGGCAAUCUGGGCAUCUCUGUCAUGCCCACAGUAUUUGUCAGUGGUGUUCCAAUUUACUUUUGUAUGAAUACAUCUACAGGCCUUUGACUUCCAAAUAAAACAAUCAAGCAUCA